CUUCCCUCAGUGCCAAAGGUCCAUACAUUGCAAGUGGAACGGAGAGAUAAAACCUGUAUUCCUGUGUAUACUUAGCUGGUAAAAUCAUACAGUUUUCCUUUACAUUGAUGAUGAUCUUAGAAGUUUUUAAAAGAUAAAGGACGAGCACCGCUCUGUCCUGUCUACUGCUGAUCUUUCUAAAGUGGACGUGAGAGACAAGAGCUACUUUCCUGAUGGCAGAUCACGAUAAUAUUUACGACGACGAGGAGCUAGUGUCGGCUAAUCCAAAUCAAAGGAAUUGGCGUGGGAUUUUGAUAGCUUUGCUCGUGAUCGUUGCGGUUUUAGCCCUUAUUGUCACGUCGGUCGCUCUACUCACACCACCUGAUGAAGGGCCCAGAGUUCGUGGUACACGAUUACGACUCUCUGAGGUUCUUUCCGGUGAAUUAUCUCCGUUGCUUUUUAAUGGAUCUUGGGUGAGCUAUCGUCAUAUUUGUUAUAGAGAUGUUUCAGGUGGUAUUUCUUUAUUGGAUGCAUCUGAUGCGAAUUUAACGUCGCGCAGUUUGAUGCCGAAAGAAACGUUUAGAAGAUUGAAUCCUGCCAAAUUCUCACUAUCACCGGACCACAAAUACUUGUUACUUGCUCAGAAUAUGAAAAAAUUAUUUAGAUAUUCUUAUUUAGCUCAAUAUACAGUCUAUGACGUAAACACACAAGAUAUAAUACCGUUGACACCUCAUCCCGAAAAGGAAGUUCAUCCUUAUUUGUUGUUAGCCAAAUGGACACCCCGUGGCCAUGGACUCGUUAUGGUACAAGAUUAUGAUAUUUAUUAUAGAACGGGUCCUUUGAGUAACACGGGAUAUCGUGUAACUGAUACUGCAGUACCUGGAAUUUUAUCUAAUGGUCUACCAGAUUGGCUAUAUGAAGAGGAGAUUUUGCACAGUGCUGAAGCAAUUUGGAUGUCAACUGAUGGUCAUAUGAUGCUUUAUGCGUCGUUUAAUGAUUCUUUAGUCGAAGAAAUGCAUAUUCCUUGGUUUGGAGAAGGAAACAGGGCUUUAUAUCCUGAUAUACGAUCUUUGAGAUAUCCUAAGCCGGGAACUCCAAAUCCUUUCGUGCGUCUAUAUGUCGCUGACCUUGCUGAUCCAAAAAAUAUUCAUACGAAAAUAGUGAAACCACCCCCUAUCAUCGAACACGUAGAUCAUUAUUUUACUACUGCUUCCUGGGUAUCAUUAACGGAAGUUUGUAUAUCGUGGUUAACAAGAGCUCAAAAUUUCUCAGUCGUAACAAUUUGUAAAAGUCCUAUGUGGCAUUGUCAGGAAAUACAAAGAAUAACUAGCGAUGGACAUGGAUGGGUUGAUACACCACCAGAGGCACCACUGUUCUCAGCUAAUGGCACCAGUUACAUAUCGAUCAGUCCUAUGUUAGAAGGACCUGCUGGAUAUUUUAAACAUAUUGUAUGGGUAAAUGUGCUUCGAAAGCAAGUAGUACCCUUGACACAUGGUCGCUUUGAAGUUGUCAAAAUAUUAGGGUGGGAUAAGGUCAACGAUAUCAUAUAUUUCAUAGGUAUACCACCUAUGCGUCCUGGACAAAGACACUUAUAUCGUGUCAGUUCACUUUUACCCCAGGUGGGCUCUUCCUUACAUCCUGCAAUUUGCAUCACGUGCAAUGCUCAGUCCACGAAAAUAAAUAACGAUCAAAGCAGUUAUCACACAACAUUUUCGGAUCGACGCAAUGGAUGGAUGGGAACUGAUUGGCACGAGGAUUAUGAUGUACAAACGGAAAGUCCUGAAGAUAAAGAACAACGACGUGCAAAAGAAAAAGCGAAAAAGCAGAAAUCAAAAGCUUCGCAUACUUCUAAUUCCGAGGAACCACCUUGUCAGUAUCAUCACGCCAUUUUCCCUUCUUACGGAUUAGACUACUUCGUUCUAGAAUGUCUUGGCCCUGGGAUACCUACGAUUUCACUUUAUAAAACUGAAACGCCAAUGCCACGAUUAUUGAGUGUUCUUCAGAAUAACACGGUGUUACGCGAAAAAAUAUCCAAGAUCGCUCUUCCACAAGUGAAAACCUUUCCAGUACAUAUAAGUGGCGGUUAUAACGCACAAGUAAGAUUACAUUUACCACCUGGCUUACGAGAGGAUGAAAUCACGCGUUAUCCUUUAGUUGUACAGGUGUACGGAGCACCAGGAUCUCAGUUAGUGACGGAGAUGUUUAAAAUCGACUGGAAUACGUAUCUAGCCAGUCGGAAAAGUAUUAUCGUAGCCCAAAUAGAUGGUCGCGGUAGCGGCGGUCAAGGAUACAAAUUACUUCAUGAGGUUUAUUAUAAACUUGGUUCUGCCGAAGUAGCUGAUCAAUUAGAAGUUACGGAAUAUUUGAGAGACACGUUACACUUUAUAGACAAACGGUGCGUUGCAGUUUGGGGUUGGAGUUACGGCGGUUUCGUUGCAGCAUCAGCUCUAGCUCAUCCCGAACAAGACGUUUUUCAUUGCGGAAUAAGCGUUGCACCUAUCGUUUCAUGGAAGCUCUAUGAUUCCGCUUAUGCCGAGAGAUACAUGGGUUUACCAAACGUUACUUCUAAUUACAAAGGUUAUGCCGAUUCCGACGUUUACAAUAAAAUUGAGUACCUGCGUAAUAAAAUGUUUUAUUUAGUCCACGGAACUGCGGACGAUAAUGUUCAAUUUCAACAAUCCAUGGCACUUGCGCGUCACCUUGCGAAAGAGGGCAUUCUCUUUCGACAGCAGGUAUAUCCAGAUGUGAGUCAUACUUUAACCGGUGUAAAAGGACACUUGUACUUAUCCAUGGCUCAAUUUUUGGAAGACUGCUUCCAAAAACAAAUACCUUUAGAUACAAAAGCGGGACUUGGCAGCGGUGGCGGUUCCAGUGCUUAAAAAAAAAAAAAGAAGUAUACAUAGGUUCUCAUACGAUAAGUUGUAUAAAAAAAAAGAAAAAUGAUACGUGCAAUCUAUAUACGUACAUCUCCAAAAUCUGUUCAGUUCAACGGAAUAAUUACAGAAAAAAAGGUAAAAUUAUCGUAUAAUUUUAUACUCUGCAUCGAUAUAUCAUGUAUAAAAAAAGAAAGAAAAAGUAAGAAAAAAAAAAGAAGAAAUUACAAUCAAUGCGCUUAGAUAAUAACUUUGUAAAAAUUACAUUUGGCUUCAAGCCUACCAAAGUGUUCGUCUCGAUUGCACACACUGUUUUUUAUUCGUUUUAUUAGAUUUAUUAUUUACUACACUAUCUUUUAUUUAUUUUUUUUUUUCAUGAUAAAAAUCGAAUUUUAAAUUCUUAUGCGAUAUUCUAGAAAACAGUAAAUACUUGCAAAUAAUGGAAUACAAAUUGACUUAAGCACCUCGUCAAGGUUGUUUGUAACACUGACUUUUUGAACAAUAAAACGUUAUUUGCUCAA